UAUGGGUAAUGCAGCAAUGAUCUGUUUGGUGUUUCAGACAAACACCUCAGACACGUUUGUCUAUAUCUGAGACCUAUAAUAUAUUGAUGAAAAACAGUAUAAUAGGGGACCUUUUCAGAUAUUGUUUAUUUCUAGGUAACAACUUCUAUGGGUCAGAGAUGUGCGAGGUCCUGCAGGAAGUGAAGGACAGCACCGAGAGGACGGCUUAUAUCCUGAUGGAUAAGAUUCACCCCGCCCCCGUCCAGAACGUCCUGCUGAGACGAGACGCUCCUCUCCAGAUCAGCACCUGUCUCAGUGAGCUGGGAGUGUUCGGAACAUACGUCAGAAAAGGUGAAGACAUGGUGCUGAAUGAGUGUGUGGGCCACCUGCUGAGGACUAAGAGCUCAGAGCACUCUGACGGGGGCGUGGCAUCGGGGGUGGCGGUGCUGGACAACCCCCUCCUCUUCUGAGAGUCUACACCCCUCCCUGCUGCUUCAGACAAAAUAAAUGGACAAAGAUCAAGUCAAGGACACGCAUCUGAUUCACACUUUCACAUGAACUAGCCUUUCCUCUCAGUGUGGAUGAAGAAUGAACUGCUGUAAGAGGGGGUCCGCACUAAUGUAUUUGUUUUAUUUCAUGAGAUUUGGCUGAAGUACAAAUGUGAGCGGUUCCAGAAGAACUUUAUAAGGACCAAGUUUUUAUCAGUUUUUGAUAUCAUGAUUUCUUUUAACGUAAAGUGCUGCUAUCAAAAACACACUCAUGCAACCAGUGUGCCUAGAUUAAGCGACCUUGAGUCAGAGAAAAGCGCUAUAUAAAUAAAAUUGAUUAUUAUUACGAAAGGUUUCUCUAAUGUCCUUGGGACAAAAAACUGAUGUAAUAUAAUAUAUCAUUAUAGUCCUCUUUCAUGGAGUUGAAUCUUCAAACCCACAUCACUACUGUCAUUUUCCAGAAUUGUAACCCAUUAAAUGCACACUUGUAUACAUCCUGUAACUGUUGUUUUAAAGACACACACUCAAUUAUUUGUACUUAAUACUAUCAUUUUUGAAUCAGUCUGGAAGCCCUGUAUUUAUAAAGUAUGCACAAUU